CCAGAGCAAGCAACAGGGGAUCCACAGAAUAACAGCUUUUUACAGCAGCGGCAGCCUCUGAUUAAAAUUAUCAGCUUCAUCAGACUGAACCAAGAUCCAGGACUGCUUCUCCAAGGAAAGAGAGGACCAAGCAAUGAUGAAGACCAUGUCUGGUGGAAACUGCACCCUGAACGUGCCAGCCAAGAACUCGUACCGCAUGGUAGUGCUGGGAGCCUCCAGGGUGGGGAAAAGCUCCAUCGUCUCACGCUUUCUCAAUGGCCGGUUUGAGGACCAGUACACUCCCACCAUUGAGGAUUUUCACCGCAAGGUCUACAACAUCCGAGGUGACAUGUAUCAGCUGGACAUCCUUGACACCUCCGGGAAUCACCCUUUCCCAGCUAUGAGGAGGCUUUCCAUCUUGACAGGGGAUGUUUUCAUCCUGGUAUUCAGCUUGGACAACAGAGAAUCUUUUGAUGAGGUCAAGAGGCUCCAAAAACAGAUCCUGGAGGUCAAAUCCUGCCUGAAGAAUAAGACUAAGGAAUCAGCUGACCUCCCCAUGGUGAUCUGUGGCAACAAAAAUGACCACAGUGAAAUCUUUCGCAAGGUACGCUCAGAUGAAGGUGAGAACCUUGUCUCCAGUGACGAAAACUGUGCUUACUUUGAAGUUUCAGCCAAGAAGAACACCAAUGUGGAUGAGAUGUUCUAUGUCCUCUUCAGCAUGGCCAAGCUACCUCAUGAGAUGAGCCCCUCCCUCCAUAGGAAAAUCUCCAUCCAGUAUGGUGACACUUUCCAACAGAAAUCUUUCCGGAUGCGUCGAGUCAAGGACAUGGACGCCUAUGGCAUGAUCUCUCCCUUUGCUCGCCGUCCAAGUGUCAAUAGUGACCUGAAGUAUAUCAAAUCGAAAGUUCUCAGGGAAGGUCAGUCCAGGGAGAGGGAGAAAUGCACGAUCCAGUGAAGGGGGCUUGCACUUCUGUCUGAAAUCAUCAUCCACGCUCAGUGCCUUAAAGAAAAGUGGUCUGUGGAAGCACAGAAUGAGGUCAUUGGGAUCAUCAAGAAAAGCCAGUAUGUAGAAAGGAUAACUCUCCUUGUGGAUUCUGCUGAAUCACGAAUGUAAAUAACACCAUCCUUGUAAAUGACUGGAAAAAAUCAUAUGCCUGAGAUACGAGUGCAUUUCUGAGUCCUUGUAAUAUAGUUACUCUUCGUUCCACUUUUUGUUUAAAGAAUACUGAGAAGUAAAGAUGUUUCAGCCUCACCCUUACAAAGAAAGUAG